AUGAUAGAUAUUCUCUCUGCUUUGAGGUCUCUUAUGGCCUCUUAUUCUCCGCCUCUCGAUGCUUUAGUUGUCCCCUCCGAAGAUUAUCACCAGAGUGAGUAUGUUUCUGCCAGGGAUAAGAGACGUCAGUUUGUUUCUGGAUUCACUGGAAGUGCAGGUUUGGCACUUAUCACAAUGAAUGAUGCAAGGUUAUGGACCGAUGGACGUUACUUCUUACAGGCAAUGCAACAGCUUAGUGAUGAUUGGAAACUUAUGCGGAUGGGGGAGGACCCUGCUGUAGAUGUGUGGAUGGCGGAUAAUCUGCCAAUAGAUGCAAAGAUUGGUGUUGAUCCCUGGUGCGUGUCAGUAGACACUGCACGAAAAUGGGAACGUGCUUUUGCCAAAAAAGAACAGAAACUAAUACAGACCUCCACUAAUUUGGUGGAUGAGGUUGCUUGGUUGUAUAACAUCCGUGGGAGUGAUGUGUCCUACUGCCCCGUUGUUCAUGCAUUUGCUAUAGUAACAUCCAGCUCUGCUUUCAUUUAUGUGGACAAGAGAAAGGUGUCAGAACAGGUACAUUCUCAUAUGAAAGAGUAUGGAAUCGAAGUUCGUGAUUAUGGGGCUGUGAUCUCAGAUGUGGCGUUGCUUGCUUCUAACCAACUUGAUUCUUCAUCAGCAGUUAAAGGAACUCAAGCUGAAGUUAUAAAGGAAAUAGAAAUCAAUUCUACUCGAGAGGACAUCACUGGUGAUGAUAAAGACAGAGGAACAAGAAGGAAUAAUGAUCACAUAUGGGUGGACCCUGGUUCAUGCUGCUAUGCUUUGUAUUCAAAACUGGAUGCUGAUAAAGUCAUCAUGCAGCCAUCACCGUUGGCUCUUGCAAAAGCUCUAAAGAACCCAGUUGAGUUAGAUGGGUUAAAAAAGGCUCACAUUCGUGAUGGUGCAGCUGUUGUGCAGUUUCUAGUCUGGUUGGAUACGCAGCAUUUUAGAGGCUUAAGUUUUCCAACUAUUUCUUCUGUUGGUCCAAAUGCUGCAGUAAUACAUUAUUCACCAGAGGCAGAAAAAUGUGCUGAGUUAGAUGCAAACAGUAUCUAUCUGUUUGAUUCAGGAGCACAGUAUCUGGAUGGAACAACUGAUGUAACUCGAACAGUUCAUUAUGGAAAACCUUCAGCUCAUGAAAAGGCAUGCUAUACUGCGGUUCUCAAGGGUCAUAUUGGUUUGGGUAAUGCUCGAUUUCCUAAUGGGACCACUGGUCAUGCCCUUGACAUUCUUGCCCGAGUUUCUUUAUGGAAGGAUGGUCUUGACUAUCGACAUGGCACUGGUCAUGGUGUUGGAUCUUACUUGUUUGUUCAUGAAGGACCCCAUUUAAUCAGUUUCAGGCCAUAUGCCCGGAAUGUGCCACUUCAAGCUUCCAUGACUGUGACUGAUGAACCUGGUUACUAUGAGGAUGGGUCCUUUGGUAUAAGAUUGGAGAAUGUCCUUAUAAUUAAGGAAGCUGACACCACGUACAACUUUGGUGAUAAGGGUUAUUUGUCAUUUGAGCAUAUAACAUGGGCACCAUAUCAGAAAAAGUUGAUUGACUUGAGUCUGUUAAAUCCUGAAGAAGUAGAUUGGUUGAACACCUACCACUCAAAUUGUAGAGAUAUUUUGGCUCCAUACUUGGACGAAUCUGAGAAGGCAUGGUUGAAGAAAGCCACUGAACCUGUAAGCUUGUGAGCUAUUUGUUCAUGACAGUCCAGGCCUUUCGCUCAUUAUUAUAAAAUCUCUUUUGAUUUAGACUAUUUUAGCCUGGAUCAUUCACAUUAACUCCAUAUGGGAACUUUCUUUCCAAAUUUCUGAUAUAUGCAGCAUGCAGCAUGAAUCAAUGAAUAAUCAACGGUUUGAGUAUA